AGGUCCUCUCCAUGAAGGAUAACUAGACGCUACCACAGUCACAGUGAGAUUCGGAGUCAGCUGACCAGCUCCAGCAGCUUUCUUUUUUUUUUGGAAGAGACAAAAAAAAACUUUAUUUAAAAAGUUGUAAAGCAGACAUCAAUAGACAACAGACAACAGCUCUGUUCUGCAGGGAGGGCUGAUAACGGCAGCUCACACAGACGAAGCAGGCACAGGAGGAAAGGGGCAGCGGAGACGUCACCUGAAGACCAGCCAUGGAGGUCCAGGUCCUGGAACAUAUCCGGCACUCGCUACUGAGUGACAGAAACAAAGACCUGAUCAUAGACAAGCUGCUGAGUCUCACCAUGGAGAUUAUCUGUCUGCUGACUAGAGAGGAUUUCAUUGUUGUGAGAAAGUCGGGUGACCAGGUGACAGACAUCAGCGGCCCCCCUGUGUCAGACAGAAGCAGCGGCACCCAGAGCCCAAACAUAGAGGCUCCGCCUCAUGCGCCAACAGUGGAGCGGAACCGUGACAGGAAUAUCCAGCCACCUACUGAGGUAUAUCACAGAGAGACAGGAAAGGUGCCUGGGAAGUGUAAGGAUGUGGAGGUCUCGUUCUCUGUGACAGAGUGGGACUAUUCAGGCGGACACAAUGACGUUGUAAUGGACCCUCCGCAGCUGCGUGACUCAGUGGGUGAGUGUAGCUCUAGAAGCCCCCCAGGACGAUGUGAGACCUCUCUGUACUCUGGGGAUUAUAUAAAGGAAGAGAACCGGAUUGUCAUAGAGGAUUAUCAGGAUGAGCCGGGACACGGGGUAUAUCACCCGCAGUGUAAGGAAGAGGAGCCCGUCCCUGAUCCCACCAACUCAGGUGGGUGCAGCUCUAGAAAUCCCGCAGACCCCUGUGAGACCCCUCUGUACUCUCCGGGCUGUAUAGAGGAAGAGAACAGGACUGUGACACAGGAAUAUCAGGAUGAGCCGGGACACGUGAUAUAUCACCGGCAGUGUAAGGAAGAGGCCGUUCCUGCUGAGAUCAGCCCAGGUGGGUGCAGCUCUAGAACUCCGGCAGACCCCUGUGAGACCCCUCUGUACUCUCCGGGCUGUAUAGAGGAAGAGAACAGGACUGUGACACAGGAAUAUCAGGAUGAGUCGGGACACGUGAUAUAUCACCGGCAGUGUAAGGAAGAGGCCGUUCCUGCUGAGAUCAGCCCAGGUGGGUGUAACCCUACACACCCCGCAAACCCAUGUGACACCCCUCUCUAUACUCCGGGGUGUAUGGGAGAAGAGAACAGGAUGAUCAGCCAGGAUUAUCAGGCUGUGCCAGGAGAUGGGAUGUGUUAUCAGCAAUGUAAAGAAGAGGACGUUCCUGCUGAGAUCAGAUCAGGAACUGAGGCCGGUGUAGAGCUGGAUGCUGGUGAUCAUCGGGGGCUGCAGGAAUUCCUCCCAGAGUCCAGUGCAGGUCCGCACGCCUCCUCACACUAUCCUGAGAAGACGCAUCAGUGCUCGGAGUGUCAGCAAUGUUUCCCUAAUCAUUCAGCCCUCGUCACCCAUCAGCAAAUGCACAGCGCCAGUAAUCUGUAUAGGUGCUCUGUUUGCGGGGUGCGUUUCUGCUCCAGAUUGGCUCUUACCGCCCACCAGCGAUGUCACACCAAGGACAAACUGUUUCACUGCUCUUACUGUGGGAAAUCCUUUCAUCAGAGGUCUCGUCUUCUCUACCAUAAAAGGACUCACACCGGGGAGAGACCAUUUGCAUGCCUAGAGUGCAGAAUGUGCUUUGCCAGGAGGUCUGCCCUUACUAAGCACCAGCGGAUUCACUCUGGCGAGAAGCCGUUUAAGUGCACGGAGUGCGGCAAAUGUUUUGUCCAGAAAGAUGAUCUUGUCAAGCAUCAGCGCACUCACACCGGGGAGAGGUCGUUUUCAUGCCUGGAGUGCGGGAGAUGCUAUACCAGCAGUUCUUCCCUUACUUUGCACCAGCGGAUUCACUCUGGCGUGAAACCUUAUCAGUGCAUGGAGUGCAGCAAAUGUUUUGUCCAGAGAUCUGACCUUGUCAGGCAUCAGCGCACUCACACCGGGGAGAGGCCAUUCUCAUGCACGGAGUGCAGCAAAUGCUUUGUACAGAAAGGUGACCUUGUCAAGCAUCAGCGCACUCACACCGGUGAGAGGCCGUUUGUGUGUUCCCAGUGUGGCCGCUGCUUUUCUCAGAGCUCCCAUCUCUACCAACAUCAUGAAAGAGUUCACAAAGUUCUAGGUGAAUAAACUGCCCAUUACAUCCAAAACAAGACAUGUUUACGAACUGGAAAUAUAAAAGUGGACCUCUUUUCCUGCCAAAUGCAUUAUAAGGUGCAGGCCUACGUUCUGGUCCUGUGCAUGUAGAAGGUGCUGUGUCCAGUGAUGAAUCCACCUAAAAAUGUCCAUAGUGGUUACAGUGAAACCAUCGCAUGAAUUACUUCCUGGUUUGUGUUAUAUUAGGUAUGAGAGUGAUGGGACGUCGGAACUGUCUUAUUACAUCUGUGACUUUUCUGUGUAUGAAUGUAGUGAUUAAUUCAUUAUCCCACUAGAAAAGAACUACUGAAAGGUACAAUGGGGGUCAUUCCGAGUUGAUCGCUAGCUGCAUUCGGUCGCUGUGCAGCGAUGAGGCUAAAAAAGGCACUUCUCAGUGAUCGCGCUGAGACCAAAAAAAAGUGGGUCCCAGGGACCCCUCACUUGUAAAAAUUGGGGUCCUACUUGUCCUUUUCUGGGUCCCAUCGGAAUGAAGGUUUUAAUUAGUCUAAUUAAUGAUUCAAACAUAAAAACACAAACUUGAUUUGGACACUACAAAAGGGGUGCAAGGGGGAGGAUGGGGUGACGAUGCUGCUGGGCUGUGUAGCAUACAGGACACCCCGCACUUUAGAUGUAAUUAGACAUUUUGGUGACCUUGUGGCAGAAAGAGAAUUGGUUCUCCCACACUGAGACUGAAAACCGCGACAGUGCGAAUUUUUUAGGGGCGUAGCUUCGUGGGGAAGGGGCGUGGUCACAUAAUAGUACCAAUUCACAUUAUUCCACACAGUAGUGCCGCUUAUACACAUUGCACCAGGUAGAACCUCCUAUACACACUGAGCCAAGGAGAGCACGUUAUUCACAUUGCACCAGGUAGAGCACGUUAUACACACUGCGCCAGGUAGAGCACGUUAUUCACAUUGCGCCAGGCAGAGCACGUUAUUCACAUUGCGCCAGGUAGAGCACGUUAUACGUAUUGCGCCAGGUAGAG